AUGCCGGCCGCUUCCAAGAACGUUGUCAUGAUCGACAACUACGACUCGUUUACCUGGAACCUGUAUGAGUACCUGUGUCAGGAGGGAGCCAAUGUCGAGGUUUUCAGGAACGAUCAGAUCACCAUUCCCGAGAUUGAGCAGCUCAAGCCGGACGUUGUGGUGAUAUCCCCCGGUCCGGGCCAUCCAAGAACGGACUCGGGAAUAUCUCGCGACGUGAUCAGCCAUUUCAAAGGCAAGAUCCCUGUCUUUGGCGUCUGUAUGGGCCAGCAGUGUAUCUUCGAGGAGUUUGGCGGAGACGUCGAGUAUGCGGGCGAGAUUGUCCAUGGAAAAACGUCCACUGUUAAGCACGACAACAAGGGGAAUGUUCAAAAACGUUCCGCAAGAUGUUGCUGUCACCAGAUACCACUCGCUGGCCGGAAACGCUCAAGUCGCUUCCGGACUGUCUGGAGAUUACUGCUCGCACAGACAACGGGAUCAUUAUGGGUGUGA